UGGUACGGCUUUGCAUAGGCGUAUAUGGCGAUCUCAAAGCUCUUGAAACGGGCUGAUCUUGUACAACGCGGGGCUAGCCGUAAGCUUAAACGGGUCUCGGAGACUCGUACAACCUCUACAUUGAAUGCGAUCGACGUGAUACCGACCUUUUUAGAAAUUGGGUCGGUGGCAACCUGGCAAGCUCGCUCACCGCUCUCUCUCGAAGUGACAGACGGGGACACUCAGAGCUUGAGCCUACCUCCAAGGAAGGAUGUUCAGCGCCGUUGUCGCCGCAGUGUUUCUUACAGUGACUGUAGGAUGCUGUUUCUCGACGACGUUGAGAAGACCUAUGAGGAGGGAGUUUCCUCGGGAUGUGGCUUUUCUGGCUUCUUACGCAAUCGAUUGCCUGCCGAAGAUGCAUGUCAUAUGGACUGCUGGCGCACACAGAUGGGAAGCUUUGUGGCGGUAUAACUGAGGUGAUCCUCGUCGGGCUGUGUCUGCUCGGCAAGACCGUGGUUAAGACCUAUACAGCCGCAGAUGGCACCUUCUUCAAGGUUCACUACCAGGCGCGCAGUAUCGCUGGGUACAGUGCUUCGACUAAGAUUCGGAAAGCCACGGACGGGAGCUUCAAAGGCUGCAUGAAGUCAUGCUCGGCCGAACCAGGCUGCACCAGCGUCGACUAUGCGGCCAGGCUCGGAACAGAUCAUAGGGUCAAGGAGUGUACGCUAUUCAGGACAGGUGGUGGAGAUAAUCCUGAUGCUACUACGGCGAGCACCACGGUGGGCCCCCGAAAUUCACGCCUGGCUGAGCACCUGCCCACUCACUGGGUUUUGUGGGUGCGUGUAGCAGUGCGAAGACUUGCGCCUGCGCGGGUUCUCCGGCUAUGCAAUAACAGGAUGGCAUAAACGCAAUGUUGGGCAGGGAGAUCCAUCUAUCCACGGUGAAGGGCAGCAACUGCUGGGAGAAGGCACUGAGCCCAAGGGUGACAGUGAGUGGGAC